AUGCCGGCUUGUCGGCUACACGUCCAUGGACUAGAUUUCCACAGCCUCCAUCAACAGGAUAUCCUUCAAGAUAUUGAGGAAUCUGAUUACAUGCUAGCGACUUCUCCGUGUUUGUAUAACGUCAGUGUUCUCUACUCCAAGUAUGAUGCGAGUGGUUGGGCAAACUACAACAGAGAGGCCACAUUGCAAUUGUCGGCUGGGCUAGCACCCAACCUGAAGCACGUCUGUAUGUGGGACAAUACACCACCACCAUCCGGGGAAAUUAUACGACAGAGGCCCAAGCGACCCCAAUGGCAGGGAUUUCAUCCUCAGUCAGAUGGCGAAUGGUGUGAGAUACCCCAAGCUAAAGGUCAAAUUCAGGAUCUUGCUAUCAACGCCCUGUACGAAGUUUCUGGAUUAGAGUUGGCCUCUUGGGAGUGCCACACUGAUUUCUCUAUGCUGCGAUCUCUCCAGCUUGAAAGACUGAUGGAGUUGGAUGUUCUUAAAAGAUUAGCUGAUCUUGCAGAACAAGAUGGGCUCUCGCGCUUGAGAUCUCUGAGUCUACCAGCUAUCUCCGGUGAAUACGUGGAUCGUGUCGAUGCUGAAUCAAUAAUGACACGGCUCUGUGCAUCACUGCACCCUUUGGUCGAGCUUGGAAUGGUUGCGCCUGGACCCAUGAGCUUCGAGGCAAUACUUGAACGCCACGGCCACGGUCUACAAGUGCUUUGUAUCGAAGACUUCAUUCUUUCAGCACACCAGGUCAUCCAGCUGCGAGAUUCAUGCCCGAGAAUCAGAAAGCUGAGCAUUGAAAUGCUACGCUCUGCAGAUGAUCAUGUCGAGGUUCGAAUAUACCAGACCCUGGGCUCUAUGCGAUACCUGGAAAACCUAUCACUAAUGCUCAAAUGUACUGACUAUCGUGAGGAUGACGGGCCAGAUGCCCCUUGCAUCCUUGGGAUGCCUUCGAACGACGAAGAAGAUCAAAAAGCGAUGGCAAUCGCCAUCCGCAAAGUUUUCAUCAACGCUGCUGUAGAUGAGAGUCUUGCACGAUCCAUCUUUCGACAAAUUUUGGCAACUCAUGCCUCGGUUAAAGCUGGCCUGCCUCCAAAGCUGGAUCUCAUACGUUUGCGGGUAGGCAGAGUAUCGGUACUUAACGACCAAAGGAUGGGCAUGGGUUUCGAAGGCGUUCUUGAAUGGAUAGCGAGAAGCUGGAUAUGCAGGCGUGACCCUCGAGACACACACCAAGACGAUGUCAAGAUUGAAGAAAUCAACAGUGACACCAGACUCCGCAAUAGCGAGCUGCUUGAAGAUGACAUGGAUGAAUUGAUGGAAAGCGAACAGUUUGCAGAUAUUUGGAAAUCCAUAUGGCCAGAGACAGGAGCAGGUUGGAAAGAAGAGUGGCAGAGUAUUCCGCUUACUAAUAUAAAAGACUAG